CAUAGACAGAGCCACAGUCAGACAGGCUGGCUCUCCAAAAACGACUGCAGGGGGAAAAAAAAACUCUCCUUCCGCGGCUUAGAAACCAACAACUAUCACAGAAGUGAAGUCGACGCGAUGUUAACCUCGAAAUGCUACCGUUUAUUGUGAGAAGAGGGCUAACAAUAAGGAAGAAGCUGCUGAAAAGUGGGUGAAGUGUGACAGCUGGAGAGAGAAAUUAAACCGAGGAUUUGUUGACCGCACGUGGAAACGGCUCGCGCGAACGCAUCGUGAAGACUGGAUUGUUCCACUUUAACUGGUCACCAGCUGUUUACGCCUGCCUAAAUCAGACAUGAGUGCCAAGUCAGUAAUCAACAAGGAGGUGUUCAUACCCCACGAUGAGAAGAUGCUUGCUGCUGUACAGGUGAAGCGGAGGACAAAGAAAAAGAUUCCCUUCUUGGCCACGGGUGGUCAGGGAGACUACAUGACGUUCAUCUGCAUCUCAGUGACGAAUAAGAAACCAUCCCACGUUUCAAUCACAAAGGUGAAGCAGUUCCAAGGAUCUUCUGCCUUUGUAAAAAGGUCACAGUGGACAAUUGAGCAACUACGGCAGGUCAACGGCAUGGACCCCAACAAAGACUGUCCGGAGUUUGACCUGAUGUUUGAUAAUGCUUUUGAUCAGUGGGUUGCUGGUUCAUCAGGGGAGAAGUGCACCUUUAUCCAGAUUCUUCACCACACCUGCCAGCGUUACAGCUCAGCGCGGAAGCCAGAGUUUGUCAACUGUCAGUCCAAACUGCUGGGGGGUAACAGUAUACUACACUCAGCUGCAGACAGCGUGACGAGUGCUGUACAGAAGGCCAGCCAGGCUCUGAAUGAGCGUGGUGAGCGGUUAGGCCGGGCUGAGGAGAGGACUGCAGACAUGAUGAACAGCGCUGAACAGUUUGCCGUCACUGCACACAAGCUUGCCAUGAAGCACAAGUGUUAGACCACUGCCAUAACCGCCUGGGCUAAGGGGGUCAGCAAUCGCCAGUCGUUGUACAGAAGAAGGAUUUCAGAUUUUAUUCUUUUUAAAAGUUUUAAUAUGAUUAAUAUUUGUUAACAGUGUUAACAUUGUAAUGUUCUGGGUUAUUGUACUCUGGUGCAUUUCUUUCCUAAAGACUGUGACAGAUGGAGCAGAGGGGAGGAAGAGAGGUAAAUGAAACUACUUGAGGCUGUCAGCUGAAUGUUUUAUGCUUCUGUUUGCCAAAAAAAAAAAGUUACAAGCCACAGCUAUGACUCUGUUUGAUAAUGACAGUCACUCAAGACAGUCAUGUGCUCACACACUGAGCACGUGUGUUGCCAAGUCAUCAUCAGCAAUCACUCCCAGACAAGGAACAGCUCAUUUCCCAUUUAUAUUGGUUAUUUAUGAGCGCUGCAGUAAUUAUUAAGUCUUGAUUUAUGAGUGAGGGCCCCCCUCAUUGCUUGACUAUGUACUACAUAUAAAUAACAGACACAUAUGUAAGUCGUACCUUGAUAGAUAUUUGUGGGACUUUUGGACAUUAAACUCUUUCAAUCUGAUGUUUUGUCCAUAAUUUCAAAACAUAUCAAAACACUAUUAGUCAAAAUAUGUUUCAAAUAUCAUCUCAUAAACUGCUGAUGAGACUGAGUGAUGAGGGUGGUUUGGGUGACGGUAUAAUAUAAAAAAAUGUUGAAAUAUUUUUCUCCCUUGUUACGUGUCAUUCAAAAACAACUUAAACUACAUGGAGUAGAUUUUUGGAAGUGUACUUGAAGACUUCAUUUUAAGAAUAAGCUUUCUAAGUAUGUGAAUUACUCAGCAUAGUAAGUUAUUUUAACAGGGGUAAUUCAGUAAGCCAGCUUCUGCACUGUAAAAAGCAACAUGUAAUUCUACUACUAUUAUCUCAGUGUCUGUAGAGCUAAUUUGUCCCUAAACACGGGGUGCUUUGAAGCUGAUCCUGGCUGUAUUUCAACUCUAAACAGUGAGUGGUCAUACCUUGUGCUUUUUGUGUAACUUGGGUUGGUUAUUAUAAUAUGUAUGCUCAUAAAGGGCAAAAUGUUUUAAAUAACAGCCGUGUGUGGUAGGUUUUUUUUCUGUUUGGUUUUUUUUAUUUGCUUUUUUUGGGGGGGAUUUGG